AUCUUGUUCGCUCUCGAUUGUUAACUUGCUCACGAUUUUACAGAAUAGUCGACUAUUGUCGAUACUAGCCAGCUAUAUCUCGGUUGAUGUUACCAGCGUAUCUCAGUUUGGCAAACCGGUCGACAGCUAACAAUGUCUCACACUGCCUCCCAAAACGCAAUUACAGCUGAAACAAAUCACCAUAAUGUGCGCUCACCUCUCUUGACUAGAUGCAGCCUUGGACUAGACACGAGCCCUGCAUCAAACAACUCCAUUGCCUUUUAUAUUCCUAUCUUCCUCUCUCUACCAUGACAAGCCGAUAACCUAAAAUAAUAAGAUAAGAUAUGAAACUACGAGUACAAUUGUCCUAUCCACACACUCAAAUGAAAAAAUGCAUCCGGUCGCAGGUCGCGUAUCUAGCCAUCGGGGACGAGCGAUAGACCGAAACCUGGUCCGGGUGCAAGCAGCAGCGCCAGCACUAGCUGACCACUGAACUCAAUUGAACCCGAGGAAGUGCUCGCCAAGCUCGAUUGGCCGCGUCGCUUUUGCCCAGUGCUAACGCAGACAGUACCGUCAAAUAACAGUAGCGGUACGCAAUUGUUAUUUUCAGUGACAGUUGGGUCAGCAACGGCAAGAGGCUUUCACGUCGCGGCGUCUUCGUCUGCUGUCGGUGGCCACUGCAGUGACCGUCGUUGCCGCUGACCUGGUCUGCUGGUUCGUCCCCUUGUCGCGGCUCGCACCGUCGCUGCCAGCAGCAGCGAUAAAAGCCGCUAGGGGGCCGCCGCACAGCUAGACAAGCGAUCUCCUGCUAGUCGUAACAAAUCAACGACAAGAUUGUUGUUGCGGUGAGGCCGAUUCGGACGGGGGAGUCAAAAGCGGGCGUCUUCUGACGGUCUUUACUACUUCUUCUGGCGAGUGCCGUCGUAGCACGGGGUGGGCGCGAGAUCUGCCGCUGCUCCGACCACUUCUAUUCGAAGAAGCUUCUGGGGCCAUUGUGGAUAGUAGCAGUACUGGAAAUCAUUGUAGUAUUAUCAUUAGCAGUCGCAAUAGCUGUGUAAUAAUAACAAGACGAGCGACUUCAACAGCACGGGCUUUGUGUCGAGUGCGGUCUCGGAAGUUGUACUGCUAAUGAAGUCGUAGUUUGUUAGUAUGCAACUGCAGUGUUGUGUUGCAGCUUAUCUUGUACGAUGUUAGUGCCGGUGUAAUGCCAGUUAACGCAGCACCAAAGGCAACUUAUGCGUAUGAAUAGUGGCCAUUACAGUAGUAUUAAUGUAUAGGUGAUAAAAGGCAAAGAACGCUGGCUGGCUGGCUGGCUGGCGGUUUUGUUCGGUUCAGUGUACUACUGCUGCUGCCGUCGCCUGCUGUGUCUGUGCUGUGUUUUCUAACAGCAGAUAGCAGGCGCCCUCGUUGGAAUCGCUGAGGACGCCGGCUUGCCGCGUAACGUUACGCAGGUCGCGUCCAGUACUACCCCCUGAAAAGAUCGUGUGCUAUUACAACAGAACAAGGUGCCGCGGUGGAAACAAUCGAGAUUCGGCGGCCGCGAUACGCCGAAGAUGGAUAAGUCGUUAAUUCGGCCACGAGGCCGACCGCCGCAAGCUGUCAAGAGAUCUCGUCACAGCGACGGACUUUCGGAGCCAGCUGCUCCUCCAGCUCGAGAAAGUGAAAUUCGAACGCGCCGAAGUGCUGGGGCCAGCACUCAAUUGGGUGGACUCGGACACGACAACACAGUCACCCCAUCGCCUCCCCGAAAGAAAGCCGCUCACGACAACUCCAAGGUACAGAAUUCGUCAUCCGCUUCCACUCCUUCCGAAAGCAAUGGAGCUUCGGCCAAUGGCGAGGGCGGCACCGGGCCGCUAGCUCGUCAAGGUUCUGGAGUCAACACCAGCAGCAACGUUCACAGGACGCGCUCUAACAAGCAGGUUGCUCAGCAGUUAACGCCGGUAUCCACCACCGGUAAGGCGUCCCACGCCGUCGUGGCGCCUGUAACCAAAGCACAGGUGAUUCCUAGCAGGAACCAGUCUGUUGCUUCACAAAACGCUGCUCAGCCCAAGAUUCAACCGCUGACGGUUGUCCUGGAGCGUGAGCGGCGAUGGGUUGCGAGUCCAACUCAUUCGACUUCGUCGCAGGACUCCGCCGCCAUCCCGCCCGCCGACCAGCAGAUCCGCAGUGCGUUCUUCCGUAAGGAGGUGAAGCGGCGACGCUACUUUAAGGGCAUGACGUACUCACUUGGCACGCGAAAGAAGAAGCCGAAACCGAAGGCAGCAAAAACUAACAGUCCAACUGGAAAAAGUGUGGCAUCCGCGUCGAACGCUACUUCUGUGGAAGGUCAGGAAAGCGAAUCAACCCAGGAGUCGUUUGCAGAGGAUUCGGCCGCUGAGGGUCACGCAGAUACAUCGGCGGUAAUGGAGACGUCCUGUGAUGACAGUAAGGACGUUAUCGAGGAAGAUGAGGAGGAGGAAGAGUGCCCACAAGAGUCUGACGUAGAACAAGACAAUGCCGAUCAAGAAAACGAUGACGGUCAGGAGAUCGAUAAUGAUGAUGCCGACACUGGUCACGAUGAUGAAGGCGAUGCCCAUGAUGAUCAAAGUCGUGACCAAGCAGAGGCGGAUCAGGACGAACAGGACGACGAUGAAGAUGACGAUCAGGAUGAAGAGGUGGAAAUUACCGAGCCACGGAAAAGACGAAGCCUCAGGGAACGCGUGCCAGUGACGACUGACAACGAUGCUGACGACGACGAAGUUGACGAAGAUGAAAGCGAAGAGGAAGAAGACGAGGAUGAGGAGGAGUCACAGGACGAAGCGAGCAAGGACGCCGUCGUUAUGAAAUCUGAGGAGGGAGUCGUAGAUGAGCCUGAUGAUGAAAAACUCCAACAGAAAAUACACAUCACGAUCAAGAUGGCCAACCAAGACACCAAGGAGGGUGGGACGCCAAAGGUAGUUGAAACUCGACGACGCCUUGAGGAGAAUGGCGCGGCUGCGGGUGUAGGUUCAGUAUCGACCCCAAGAGCAAACGGUAGCGCAGUGAACGGCAGGGAAAGUCGUGACUCAGGUGGUGGUGGAAACGUUGGCAACAACAGUAUUUUGUCGUCGGUGAAGACGCGAAACCGAGUGAAACGAAGGUACGAUGAAAAUCUUGUUGAUAUUGACGACCCUACGUUUGUAGAGGCUGCCGGUGACGUUCAGGGCGGCGACACAGGACAACAGACCACAACUACAGUUGCGGGAGGCACGUCUGCUGCUGCGACGGCCGUUGCUAUUAGCGACGGACCCGAAGAGCCCGCUAGACCUUCCCGUGGCCAGCAACCCUCUCCGCCCGUUCAAGGAGCCGCGCUAGUGCCUUAUUACACUCAAGAAGCAUCGAUCGUACCUUCCAACUAUAAGAUCGAGCAUCUGAUCGAUAAAUCGAUCCCAAUGUACCGGUGUCACUGUUUAUCGCUACCUCUCUCGCAUGCCCCACCGCCAGCGGCAGGAAACGAUUUUCUUUGCCAGGCGCUAGAUGGCAUUGCGGGACGCAUUCUUGGCUGUUCCAAGAAAGUCAAAAGCUUCGAUUUGUAUCGAGCAUCGCAACGCACGGCCUUUGGCUUGCUUUGUGAGGGUCACCUCGUGCGUCUUCUCGGACACCAAUGCUGUCCCACAUGUGGUGUGUUCUGUACUCAAGGUGAAUUCAUGAUGUGUAGAACAGGCGAAGGCACUCGUAUCCAACGGCAUUUCUACCACCGGGAAUGCGCGUUUCGGCCAUCGCCACUAGAAACCGUUGGCGGCGUAACGGACUUGUGCCCGCACUGCGGUGAGACCAAUAAAAUGAUGUCGAUCAAGCUGACAUUGGAAAGUGAGUCGUCAGCAGUAAGUUUCAGCCAGAAGAUCUCAUCAACCGGUCCACGAGCGAAGAUGAGUCUUGGCAGUUCAGCACGAGAUAUGAAUGACGGAAUAGAGAGGCCAGCAAUAACUUUAGCCGGAAUGCCCACGCCGGAGGAACCGCUAGGUGAUGAAGUUGAUAUCAUGGUCAAUGACAAAUCGUUGCUCACUGCCAACACAGCUUGGUGUCCGGACAUCAAUCGAGUGACUCGUGCCGCACAAGCCUUCAACAAGGCGUUAGCGCCCCGGGUGAACACGAAGACGCUGUUUUCAGCCGCGCGUCAGGGUGACGUCGAACGUGUCGUACUCGCUAUCAUGUCAGGUGUGGAUCUCUGUAGCACGUCAGCGGAGGAAGAUAACUACACAGCGUUGCAUGUGGCAGCCGAAAUGGGACAUGUUGACGUGUGUCAUCUUCUGGUACGCGCAGGCUGUCCACUCGACGCGCUUGACGCCGGCCUAUAUACGCCAUUCAUGACGGCGGUCGCUGCCGGGAAGGGUCGUGCGGCACGGUGCCUGAUGGCUCUUGGUGCGGACACUGCAAAAUGCGGUGAAGACGGCAUGACAUGCCUGCAUCUUGCCAGCAAGGCUGGAUUACACGAUGUCGUACAGCUAAUUCUCAAACGCAGCACGGCUCAGGUAAAUGCACAGGACGAGGGCGGUUGGACGCCGAUUGUCUGGGCUUCCGAACAUCAACAUUCGAACGUCGUCUUACUUUUGCUGAAACACGGGGCCAACCCGAAUAUCCGCGACUCGGAAGGUAACACGGCGUUACACUGGUCCGCCUAUUCCGGGACUGUCGACAUUUUGCUCAUGUACCUCGAGCUCGGCUCUGAUAUCAACGGAGCCAAUGAGCUGGGCGACACACCAUUGCACGUGGCUGCUCGCCAAGACAAAUACGAAAUGGUUAUGUUGCUCCUGGGUCGUGAGGCAGACGUGUGCGCCAUCAAUGAAGCUGGCCAAACGCCCAUCGAGGUUGUUAAGGACAAAAAUUCGCCGUGCUUUUAUGCGAUUCAGCUUAGCGUCGAAAUGAAAAAAGCUAUUCGCAGCGCUCGCCGAGCUAAGCCGGUCCCGCGUGUCGUCCACAAAGACAUUUCUCGCGGCAAGGAGAAGCACGCAAUCAGGGUCGUGAAUGAAGUCGAUGAGGACCGUUCAAUCCCGUCCGAUUUCAUGUACCUGACUAACAACUGCGAAACGACGCUAUUACACAUUGACACGACAAUACAGUCGCUUCAGUCGUGCAAGUGCCAAGAUGAUUGUACUUCGAUAUUGUGCCAGUGUACACAACUAGCGAAUGGGUGCUGGUACAGGGACGGCCGACUAGUUGAACAUUUCAACUUCAAGGAGCCCCCGAUUCUAUUCGAGUGCAACCGAGCAUGCGCCUGUUUCACGACAUGUCAGAAUAGAGUGCUGCAAAACGGCAUUAAGGUACAUUUAGAAUUAUUCAAAACGGCACUAACCGGUUGGGGAGUGCGAGCGCUACAGGAGAUUCCCAAGGGUUCAUUUGUGUGUGAAUAUGUCGGGGAGGUGAUAACCGAUAAGGAGGCUGAUCAACGUGAAGAGGACAGCUAUCUUUUUGAUCUCGAAAACAGGGACGGAGAUACGUUCUGUAUUGAUGCUCGUCACUAUGGUAACGUGUCACGUUUUAUUAAUCAUGCAUGCGAGCCCAAUGUGCAUCCGGUGCGAGUAUAUGUUGACCACCAUGAUCUGCGCUUUCCCAGGAUCGCCCUUUUUGCUACGAGGGAUAUUGCUGCUGGCGAACAGCUAGGUUUCGACUAUGGUGAAAAAUUCUGGGUGAUUAAAUACAAAUCGUUCCUGUGCGGGUGUGGUAGUCCACGAUGCAAAUACAAUGCCGAUAACAUUCAAACCGCACUUGAGGCGUAUUAUAACCGUAACGCGACAGACGAUGACUCCAUAGUGAGCGGGGAAUAGUAGUUGCGCUGGACUACCGCUGCCACCAUGGAAAACUCCGAUAGCCGAAGAUCUAUAGAUUGUUUAUGCGGAACUGCUGCACCGAGUUGCCAGCGUCAUUGAAUAUCAGAAAUGCUCACUCGCGUCAUUCCGGAGCCUGCGACACAACUUUGAAGCAGGAGGGCAAUAUCGUCACACAAACUGAAUA